AUGGUUUCUGAGCGGGGCAAGAAGGUCACAUCGCGCUACGACAAUAGCGGAGAAGAGGAUUUCUUACACGGCUACCGAGAGAUCGGAUCUGAAAGCCCUUCCCUUCUGCUGCUGGAACAGGCGAUUCAAGAGAUAAGAGAUGGCGAGAUGUAUCCGAUCUCACCGAAGAUUUUCCUGCUAGCAAGCUAUGGUAUCCCAACCCAGUACGACAACUCAAGAUAUGCAAUUGUAGAUCUCGACGAGUUUCUUGUGUACUUUCCGUUUGCUCAAGACUUUGGGCCCGUCGAUGCCAGUUGCAUCAUUCGUUUCUGCCAAUCUCUAACAAGAAUAUUGAGAUGUCACAGCAACAAGACGAUUAUCUUAAGAUCCCCUCCCACUGCCGCGAGCAUCACUAACGCCGUUCUGCUCAUCGGCGCCUACGAGAUCUUAUGCCAGUCAUCAUCAUGCCGCGAGGCCUGUCUGUCUUGCCGGAGUGUUCCUUCCUCCCUCCUUCUUCCCUACCUUGACGCAACCCGCACAGGAUCAUGCUUGCUUCCUCACAAGCAUGUGCUGGCAGGGCUGCAGAAAGCGCAUGAGCAGGGCUGGCUUGAAGGAAUGAUGACAAAUGUCUGGGAGCUCGAGGAGUACGAGCACUAUGCCGACCCCCUCAACGGUGACAUCAACGUCAUCAUCCCCCACAAGCUUCUCGCUCUUCAGAGCCCGACAGACAGGAUUCCAGAUGGCCAAGAGUGGACAGACGAGGGCUACGUGCGCAAGUUUCAUCCCAAGUUUCUCCUCCGAGCCUUUCAAGCGAUGGACGUCAAGUGCGUGGUCCGCCUCAACGCCAGUCAGUAUGACCCCAAGAUCUUCACGGACCGCGGGAUCCAAGUGGUCGACCUCUUCUGCUCCGACUCGCCCGUGCCCUCCACUCAGAUCAUCUUUCGCUUCAUUCAGCUCGUCGAGAAGGCCUGCGGCCUCGUGGCUGUUCACUGUGACAACGGGCUUGGACUCACUGGCUGCAUCAUCGGGACUUACCUGAUGGCCAUGCGUGGCUUCACUGCGAAAGAAGCUGUCGGAUGGAUACGAGUCAUGCGUCCAGGAUCUGUUCUUGGGGCGCAGCAAGAGUUUCUCGAGAGCCAUGAGCAUGCGAUGCAGAGGGCGGGGAUGGUGAUGGAGACGCGGAACGAAAAGAUACCAGGGGAGGCGGAGGAAGCAGUCAGUUUGACGAGCCUUGAGGUUUUACAAUCAAGUCCAUGGAGACGACAAACAAACCCCUCACUUGCUGUGAUGGAUCUGAUAGAUCACCACUGA